AUCUACUUCUUGUUAUUGCUUCUCCUUUCAAAACUGUGAUCAUGGUGUCCGUACUCUCAAGGAAAGGUGCGUCUGUAUACAACCAACAUUUUCUCUUGAGGACAUUCAAUCUCUGCUUCAAGUCCCUCGCCACUAUUCCCAAUAAGGACGAUGGUGCUGCAGCUCAUUCUCUAUCUGUGCCAACUUCUGAGCAUUCUAGUAGCCUUCAUCUUUCCCCAUUUUUCUCCGACUUCAAUCAUCCUUCAAGUGGAUUUGACAUCGAGCUUGUGGAUCAUGAUACUUGGGGGGUAUCAACUGGGGUGGCACAAGCCUGGCGAGGACGGGAUUGGGUUGCAUCAGGAGCUAGUUCUUUUGGUCAGCAAGUGACUGAUGAAGCCCGUGAUGGUCAUUCUUCGAAUGUUGAGGGUGAAAUAGAUUUUGAGGACAUAGAUAAUAUGAGAAUUCGUGGCAGUCUGUUCUAUAAGCUUGAGCGUAGUUCCAAGGAGUUUGAAGAGUAUAAUUUAGAAUUUCACCGAAAGAAAUCUUCCAAGAAAAAAGACGACAAGACUGAGGAGGUAAACAAAGCUAAAACAACUGCAAAAGUAACUUCCAAAGACCAGAAGCUUCUCAAAGUUGAUGAAUUCACAAGAAGUAAAAGUGUUAUUCCCCGGAUGGAUGAAAUCAAUAAUAUGCCUCCUUUGAACAAGAGGCAGAGGACCCCCACUUUUAACCAGCUUACAGGUCCUUACCAUGAACCAUUUUGCUUGGACAUUUACAUAUCAAAAGCCUCCGUUCGUGCUUGCAUUGUUCAUAGGGUAACUAGCAAGGUUGUUGCUGUGGCACAUUCCAUUUCCAAGGAUAUCAAGUUUGAUCUGGCUUCUACCAAGAAUAAAACCACUUGUGCUGCUGUGGGGGCAAUUCUGGCUCAGAGAGCAUUGGCUGAUGAUAUUCAUGACGUGAUUUACACUCCAAGAAAAGGAGAAAGGAUUGAGGGGAAACUUCAGAUUGUUCUUCAGUCUAUCAUUGAUAAUGGCAUUAAAGUAAAGGUAAAAAUCAAGCAAAGACCCAAGAAGUCAUUCAGCCACAUCUGACAUAGGGGCAUGCUUGUUCAGUUGGCAUUGUCUAUUGGCCAAUGAAAUUAUCUGUUUACAUUUUUCACACAUGGAAGGGGGUUUGGAUCCUCUCAUUUAAGGGUAGCCUGGGUAGGAUUUUAAACAUUUGGCGACUGUGCGUGAACUUGUACCAUUUUG